UUGGCAUCGUUCGAUCACUGUGAUUUCCCCGAGCUGCUGUCCCCUAGCAAUGUGGCUGUGUACGGGGGUCUCUGUGCCCUUGCGACCUUCGACCGGCAGGAGCUGCAGCGGAACGUCAUCUCCAGCAGCUCCUUCAAAUUGUUCUUGGAGCUGGAGCCGCAGGUUCGUGACAUCAUCUUCAAGUUCUACGAGUCCAAGUACGCGUCGUGCCUGAAGAUGCUGGACGAGAUGAAGGACAACCUGCUGCUGGACAUGUACCUGGCACCUCACGUCAGGACACUCUACACUCAGAUUCGAAAUCGAGCCCUUAUCCAGUACUUCAGCCCCUAUGUGUCGGCGGACAUGCGCAAGAUGGCCACGGCCUUCAACACCACGGUGGCUGCUCUGGAGGACGAGCUCACGCAGCUCAUCCUGGAGGGCCUGAUCAACGCCCGGAUAGACUCGCACAGCAAGAUUCUUUACGCUCGCGACGUCGAUCAGCGCAGCACGACCUUUGAGAAGUCGUUACUGAUGGGCAAAGAGUUCCAGCGUCGCGCCAAAGCCAUGAUCCUGCGAGCUGCCGUCCUGCGCAACCAGAUACACGUCAAGUCUCCUCCGAGGGAAGGCAGCCAAGGGGAGCUGACGCCGGCGAACAGCCAGUCCAGGAUGAGCACCAACAUGUGAAACCUCGCACGCUGCCGAAAGAAACGGCCCCCCCAGGGAGCCAGCGUGGCACCCAGUAACUGCUGAGCU